GCAGCACCAAAACAAUGGAACCCAGGAACCCUGGCCUCAUCUGAAAACAUCAACAUGUCUGACAAACCCAAAAUCCUUGUGUUCUUGGGAGCUCCUCCCCCUCCCUUAGAACCCGUGUCUGAGGCGGAGGUCAGGGCGGUCAGCAAGUCUCGACCCUGGAGGACCAUGAACCUCCUCUGGCAAGGGGGCAGGCUGAGACCCACAGAGGGUGAGGAUGGUACCCGUGUAGGAACUGCCCCAUGUAGGGAUACCAGCCUGAUACCAGAGCCUGGUCAGUUGGCUCAUACUAGCAAGGACCAUAACAGACUAGAAGAUGGCCAUCACAUCCGAAUCAGAUCUCAACCAGAGGAGGAGCAAGCCUGCCAAAACAAAAACCCGGAUUCCCAUCAAGAGAGUUCACCUUCCCAACAUGACCAGGCAGAUGCUGAGAGGGAAGACCUGUGUUCUGAAUCAGUCAAAGACUAUCUGGAUAGUUGCUUCCAGGCUGGCCAACCAGACCCAGAGCCUGAGCCUUACCCUGACCGAAGUGAAACCCCGUCAGACCCCAUUGCAGCAUCUGUGUCAUUAGACACCGAGUACCUCAGUGCAUGGACUGUCAGCCAAGCACUGGUUUUGAGAAGUAGACUACAGCCCAAACCAGGGCCCAGUCUGGAACAGUCCCCACAUCCUCCAGACAUCCUCCCCAGCCUCGCCCCAGGGUUGAGUACCCAACCAGGCCCCAGCUCCGGAAAAGUCCACAGUCAACAAACCCCACCCAGAGAAACAACCAUACCUAUCUUCCUCUCCAGCAGCUCCCCAGAGCUCUACAGCCCAGGAUCUUCCACUCCCUCCCCCAGGGAGUUGGCCAAUCAACAGGGCUCCAUGGAGCUCUUCUAUGAGCCCAUGCUGAGUCAAAGGCUGGAGAAAGGAGGGGUGAUCCUGGAAGUGACCCAAGACGGCAUGCUCUGCUCCCAGAGUGAGCCUGUUGGGGCAGAGCCAGGCCUGUACCGAGCACAAGGUUCCCUUUCUAAAUCUCCUGUGCACACCUCCCCCAAGGCUCCAGCCCCUAAAAGAAGUAAAGUGUCCCCAAGCUUAUCCAAAACUGAAAGGUCACCUGAAACGUCAACAGGAAAUGCUUGUGUUCCCACAAGCCUGCUCACCAGAUGCAGCAAGCAGGGGGUGCGUUACUCUAUUUUAGUAGCGGUGGUGCACCCCUGUCACCUGAAGGAGAUCAAGUUGAAGCGUGGCAUGUCCGCCGGAACAAGUGUGCCACUGGCGUCCAUCGUGGUGACUGACCAAUCAGCUGUAGAGAUGAAGGUGGUGCUAUGGAGGAAGGCUGCGUUCUGGGCACUGACAGUUUAUCCUGGAGAUAUGCUGCUUAUCACUGGUGUGAUGGUCGAUGAGGACAAGUGGAGGGGAGAGACAGUGCUGCAGUCUAGCUACACCAGCAGACUUCUGAACCUGGGACAAGUCGCCACAAGCAGGUCACCACCUGUUCCACAGGAUGUGAAUGCUCAAACCCUGAGAUCCCUGUGUUCUUACUUGCGUGAGCGGCGCCCCCUGCUGUUGUCCGUCCCUCCUCGCAUCCCUCAGAACCCUCACGCCCUCCCCCAUGCUCGCCUUCGGAGCCUGCGGCCCAACACACUGGUCCACGCGCUUCUCCGAGUCACUCACACUGAGAUGAUCACAGCAUGGCGGAGUGAAACAGAGGGCACCUCCAGGACAGGAGGGGCCCUGAAAGCUGUGCUGUCUGUGGAGCAGGGAGAUGGACACCAGGGGGCAGUGGUGCUCUGGGGAACUGCUCUGACCUGGCUGACACGCAUCAACAGGAACAAAGAUGCGGUGUGGGACUUCCGUGUGCUCCUGGUCAGAGAGAGUAUGACCUCUGACCUUCUGGAGCUCCACUCCACCCCCUGGGGCUCCUGCGAGCCCCUGUUCCCGGAUGACUGCAGGGCCCUGGACUUCUACAGACCCGGGCUGGCCAGGUCCACCACCAGCAUAGAGAUAGACCUGCGCACGCUCCUGUCCCAGAAGUACACAGGCGAUGUGGAACUGAGAGCACACAUCACAAUGUUCCAGUUCCAAGGGAGCCCUUCCCAGACUGCACAGCAGCCCCUAGACUGUGACACGUCUCUGGAGAGUAUACUGGAGACCGUGUCAGGGGACAUCACCUUCACCGGCUGUGGCCGCUGCGCUGCAGAGUUGGACACGGACGCUAACGGGAUCUACUGCCCCUGCUACCCAUGCCUGCCCCACACUGGCGUACGCCGGUACUACAGGCCAGUUGUGCUGACAGUGAUGGAGGGAGAGAGCCAGGUAUGUGUGCAGGUACCACCUGUCCCGCUGCAGGCAAUCCUUCUCAACACCCCCCCUGAUAAGCUGAACAAGGCUGUUGCUCCAGGAUCAGAUGUGAGAUAUGUCCAGGUGAUAGCUGACAGGAUUCAUUUCUUGCUCGCCCUUCCCAGACGCACUGUCACCCUCACUGUUCGGAGUCACUUCUUGUGCGACGAGAAUAGUGUCCCCACUGUGCAGGACUUCCUUCUGUUGGAUCUGCAGCUCUCUUGACCAUGAGCUGAGGAUUAUCUCUGUGUCACACCUUUUCCAAGGAAUUUUUGACUGGGUGUAAAUAAUGUUUUUACAGACUGACUGUUUUAAUUUGCAAUGAAAUAAAAUAAUGA